AUGGGAAAUGAUAGAAGAAAGAAGAUUCAUUUAAGCAAAAUCUAUUCAUUUAGGCGUAGGAAGGGAGAAUUCAAAGAUGAUCAUUCACAAAUUGGGGGGCCUGGUUUUUCAAGAGUGGUGUAUUGUAACGAACCAAGUGAUUCUGAGGCCAGUUCUAGGAAUUAUGCAAGCAAUUAUGUUAGAACAACUAAGUAUACUGCUGCGAGUUUCUUGCCUAAAUCUCUGUUUGAGCAGUUUAGGAGAGUGGCUAAUUUUUACUUUCUUGUUACUGGCAUAUUGUCCUUCACAGAUCUUGCACCUUAUUCUGCUGUUAGUGCAGUUAUUCCCCUCAUUAUAGUCAUCAGCGCGACAAUGGUGAAAGAAGGUAUUGAAGACUGGCAGCGAAAACAACAGGAUAUUGAGAUGAACAAUAGGAAGGUCAAGGUACAUCGUGGGGGAGGAGUUUUUGACCAUACUGAAUGGAGAAAUAUAAGUGUCGGUGAUAUAGUUAAGGUAGAGAAGGAUGAAUUCUUUCCGGCAGACCUAAUUUUGCUUUCGUCCAGUUAUGAUGAUGCCAUAUGCUACGUUGAAACUAUGAACCUUGAUGGAGAGACAAAUUUAAAACUAAAACAAGCAUUGGAGGAUACUUCAUAUUUACAUGGUGAUGAAAAUCUCCGUGAUUUUAGGGCCACAGUUAAAUGUGAAGAUCCGAAUGCAAAUUUAUACGCUUUCGUUGGAAGUAUGGAAUUCGAUGAACAACAGCAUCCUCUUUCUCCUCAACAACUGCUCCUUCGAGACUCUAAACUGCGAAACACAGACUACAUAUACGGAGCCGUUGUCUUUACGGGUCAUGACACAAAGGUUAUUCAGAACUCGACUGAUCCUCCUUCCAAGAGAAGCAAAAUUGAGAAGAAAAUGGAUAAGAUCAUCUACUUCUUAUUUGGUGUUUUGUUCACGAUGGCUUUUAUUGGAUCUGUUUACUUUGGGAUUGUAACAAGAGAUGACUUGGAGGGCAGACAUAAGAGAUGGUAUUUGAAACCGGAAAGUGCUAACAUUUUCUUUGAUCCCGAAAGAGCCCCGAUGGCUGCUAUUUAUCAUUUUCUGACAGCUUUGUUGCUGUACAGUUACUUGAUACCAAUAUCUCUGUAUGUGUCAAUAGAAAUUGUCAAAGUUCUUCAGAGCAUCUUCAUUAAUCAAGACAUUCAUAUGUACUAUGAGGAAACUGAUAAACCAGCACAUGCUCGCACCUCGAAUUUGAACGAGGAACUGGGCCAAGUUAAUACAAUACUUUCUGACAAAACGGGCACAUUGACUUGCAAUUCAAUGGAGUUCAUCAAAUGCUCGGUGGCCGGAACUGCAUAUGGAUAUGGGGUUACGGAAGUUGAGAAGGCUAUGGCUAAAAGAAAUGGUUCUCCUCUCAUUGUAAAUGGAAAAGAUUAUGUUGACAAUCCUGCUCAUGGUGCUAAUCAUUCAUCCAUCAAAGGUUUCAAUUUUGACGAUGACAGGAUAAUGAACGGGAAUUGGGUGAAUGAGCCCCAUUCAGAUGUAAUUCAGAAAUUUUUUCAUUUGCUAGCAGUUUGUCAUACAGCCAUUCCUGAUGUAGAUGAAGAAACUGGGAAGGUCACGUAUGAAGCCGAGUCACCAGAUGAGGCCGCUUUUGUGAUUGCUGCAAAAGAACUUGGCUUUGAAUUCUUCAAUAGAACACAAUCAAGUGUCUCGGUGAACGAGCUGGAUCCCAUGUCAGGGAAAAGAGUUGAGAGGUCAUACAAACUUCUAAAUGUAUUAGAAUUCAACAGCACAAGAAAGCGAAUGUCCGUGAUAGUAAGGGACGAGGAAGGAAAGCUGCUAUUACUCUGCAAAGGUGCUGACAGUGUCAUGUUUGAGAGGCUUUCCAUAAAUGGAAGGAAGUUCGAAGAGGAAACGAGAGAACAUGUAAAUGAGUAUGCUAAUGCAGGCUUGAGGACCUUAAUACUUGCUUAUCGGGAACUCAGUGAGGAAGAAUAUAAGGCGUUCAACGAAAAAUUUGUAGAGGCAAAAAACUCGGUCAGUGCAGAUCGUGAGGAAAUGAUUGACGAAGUGGCAAAAAAAGUAGAAAAAGAUUUGAUUCUUCUUGGAGCAACAGCUGUUGAGGACAAGCUCCAACAGGGGGUUCCUGAAUGCAUUGAUAAACUUGCACAAGCAGGAAUAAAAAUAUGGGUUCUUACUGGAGAUAAGAUGGAAACUGCUAUUAACAUUGGGUAUGCUUGUAGCUUGCUCAGACAAGGAAUGAAACAGAUUAUUAUAAACUUAGAAACUCCAAAAAUCAUAGAACUGGAGAAAACGGGAGAUAAGGAUGCAGUUACUAAGGCUUCGAGGGAAAGUGUCCUUCAGCAGAUUAUGAACGGAAAGUUUCAGGUUACUGCAUCAAGCUCUGAAGCAUUUGCCCUGAUCGUUGAUGGGAAAUCUCUUGCAUAUGCAUUAGAAGAAGAUACCAAAAUGUUAUUUCUUGAACUUGCAAUUGGCUGUGCUUCUGUAAUAUGCUGCCGUUCAUCACCGAAACAAAAAGCACUGGUAACAAGACUAGUUAAAGAUGGAACAAAGAAAACAACAUUGGCAAUUGGUGAUGGAGCAAAUGAUGUAGGAAUGCUUCAAGAAGCAGAUAUUGGAAUUGGAAUUAGUGGAGUUGAAGGAAUGCAGGCAGUCAUGUCAAGCGAUAUUGCCAUUGCACAGUUCAGAUUUCUGGAGCGUCUGCUUUUGGUGCAUGGACAUUGGUGUUACAGAAGAAUCUCUUCAAUGAUUUGCUACUUCUUCUAUAAGAACGUCACAUUUGGUUUCACAGUCUUCUUAUAUGAGGCAUAUGCAUCGUUCUCUGGACAGCCUGCAUACAACGACUGGUUUUUAUCCCUCUAUAAUGUGUUCUUUACAUCACUACCUGUGAUUGCUCUGGGGGUUUUCGACCAGGAUGUAUCUGCUAGAUAUUGUCUGAAGUUUCCUAUGCUGUACCAAGAAGGUGUGCAGAAUGUUCUCUUCAGCUGGCGUCGUAUAAUUGGCUGGAUGUUAAAUGGUCUUUGUAGUGCCGUCAUUAUCUUCUUCUUAUGUACGAAGGCACUAGAUCCACAGGCCUUCAAGAAGGACGGACAAGUAGCCGGGUACCAAAUUCUCGGGGCAACAAUGUACACCUGUGUCGUUUGGGUUGUGAACUGCCAGAUGGCACUAGCCAUCAGUUAUUUCACCUUAAUCCAGCAUAUUGUUAUUUGGGGUGGAAUCGCUCUAUGGUAUCUUUUCCUCUUGGCAUAUGGAGCCAUGCCUCCCAGCAUUUCCACAACUGCGUAUAAAGUCUUCGUCGAAUCUCUUGCCCCAACACCCUCUUUCUAUAUAAUAACUAUCUUCGUGGUUAUCUCAGCCCUGACCCCCUACUUUGUGUACAACACAAUUCAGAUGCGUUUCUUCCCAAUGUAUCACGGGAUGAUACAAUGGAUAAGACACGAUGGGCGAUUUGAUGAUCUAGAAUACUGCAAAAUAGUGAAACAGAGAUCAAUACGUUCCACUACCGUCGGUUUUACUGCUCGUUCACUGGCAAGAACUAAUCCAUUGGAGAUUGGAAGUCAUAAUUAG